AUGACCACCAUCCCCGCCACUGCUGCAGCUACCCCUGGCGAUCCUAGUCUCUUCUCCCCCAGUUGCCACCUCCCGUUGGAAGAGCUGUCCAAAUGGGGGCAGAAGCUGGUUCAAGAGAUGCAGGUUGCUUGUGGGGAGGGUUUUGCUGUUGGUGAAGAAAUAGCAGGGGGAAGGAAGGGGCGAACGGGUGGUGGUGUUAGUGCUGAUGGCGUGGUUCGAUGGGCGAGCAACGCAGCGGGAAGGCUACAAGAGGCACUGCAGGAGUAUGAGCUUUUCAGGGGCAUUUACGAGAGAUCCAAGGAUCCGAUAGUGGUAUACAGCAUGAGCCACCAGCUUCUCGACUGCAACCCAGCAGCCCUGCUCCUCCUCCGCUACCCCUCCAAAGCGGCCCUACAGCACGCCGUUGCCCUCGGCUGCUCCUCUCCUCCUCUCUUUCCAGGAGAUCCGAUAGUGGUAUACAGCAUGAGCCACCAGCUUCUCGACUGCAAUCCAGCAUCCCUGCUACUCCUCCGCUACCCCUCCAAAGCGGCGCUCCGGCACGCCGUUGCCCUGGGGUGCUCCUCCCCUCCUCUCUCCCCCGAAUUCCAGCCGGAUGGAGAGAGGUCUGAGGAGAAAGCGGCGAGGGUGGGGCGGGAGGUGGCGGAGAGAGGGGAGGUGGUGGUGCCGUGGACUUACAGGAAGCGAGACGGGGAGCUGCUGCCCCUUCGGAUCCACUACCAGCUCAUGCGAGUAGGCGGGAACAAUGUGUUUGUGGGCACUUGGCACGACCUGACAGAGACGCUGAGGCAGGAGGAGCAGCAGCUAGCUAGCACCUUCCUGACGUCUUCCCCUUUCCCUUCCCCGCCUGGCAUUGACCCCUCUCUGACGCAGCUCAUGCGAGUGGGCGGGGACAGUGUGUUUGUGGGCACGUGGCACGACCUGACAGAGAUGCUGAAGCAGGAGGAGGAGCUGUGGCGAGCCAAGGAGUUUGAAUGCUUCUCAAAGCAUACCCAGGAGCACCGUCCCCUCUCCCCCUCCCCUUCCCCGCUCCUGUCCCCCCGCCUGUCCGUCCCCCCCUCUCCUCUUCACAACCAGCUCAUGCGUGUGGGACUCAUGCGUGUGGGCGCGGACAGUGUGUUUGUGGGCACGUGGCACGACCUGACAGAGACGCUGCGGCAGGAGGAGCAGCUGCGGAAGGCCAAAGAAGUGGCAGAGGCGGCGAGCGAGGCAAAGAGCAUCUUCCUGGCCAACAUGAGCCACGAGAUCCGCACCCCCAUGAACGGAGUGGUGGGGGUGGCGGAGUUGCUACUAGACACGCCCCUCACAGCGGAGCAGCGCUCUUACCUGGACAUCAUCCGCACGUCAGGGGACAACCUGCUGCGAAUCAUCUCAGACGUGCUGGACCUCUCAAAGAUCGAGAGCCAGUCGCUGCCGCUAGAGGACGUGCCUUUCUGCCUCGCCACGUGCGUCAAAGAGUCUACUGCUCUUCUCUCCGUUGCUGCAGCAGACAAGGGCCUGCAGCUGGACAGCCACAUUGACUCGGACGUGCCUUGCUUCAUUCGAGGAGAUCCAGGGAGGCUGCGGCAGAUCAUUCUGAACCUCGUGUCCAACGCGAUCAAGUUCACACAGACUGGGGAGGUGCGAGUAUCAAUUCGGCAGUCUACUGAGGAAGAGAUAGCGCAACUUUUGGUUGCAGGAGGAGCUGCUACUGCCGCCACUGCAGCAACACUUCCCGCUAAUUCCUUUCCCUCAUCUCUUGAUUGCCUCCCUUUGUUCCCUCUUGCUACGCAGCAGUGGGGAGGAGGAACUGACGUUAGGAGUGAAUGUGGGCUGCGGCAGCACCAACCACCAGUGCAACAGCAGCAGCAUUCAACAUCACCACCGCAACAGCAGCAACAGCAACAGCAGCAGCAGCAGCAGCAGCAGCAGCAGCAGCAGCAGCAGCAGCAGCAGCAGCAUUCAACGUCACCACCGCAGCAGCAGCAAAAGCAGCAGCAGCAUUCAACAUCACGACCACAGCAGCAGCAGCAGCAGCGAGCAUGGCUCACAUUCAGUGUCUCAGACACAGGCGUGGGAAUCACCAAAGACGCAUCCGACCGACUCUUCCGAGCCUUCAUGCAGGGGGACCCCUCCACCUCCCGCCGCUACGGUGGCACCGGGCUCGGACUUGCCAUCUCCAAAUCCCUCGUGAGCCUCAUGGGCGGCGACAUCCGUCUCAUUAGCGCGGUCGGCGUCGGGUCGACGUUUUCGUUCACGAUUAAUGUCGCGGUGUCGUCGGCUGCGAGAUGUGCGCUUAAGGAAGACUCUUUGCUAAGAGACGGGAUGCUGCACCCGUUUGAGGGCAUGCCUGAAACCGGUGUGACGUGCACGCUGAGUGGUUCUGCGGCUGGCGCUGCUGCUGCUGGUUUUGCUGGUGCUGGGGAUGGGGCUGAAAGGAGCAGCAAUUUAGCUGCAGAUGCCAGUAACAGCUACCACCGCCACCACCCACUCGCACUGCACCAGGCUUUGAGCAAAUCUGCAACACUCGGAGGGUCUGUCAGAGAAGGAGGAGCAGCCGUGUGUGUACCAUGUGAGGGAGGUGCUUCAGCUGUAGCAAAGGCUGCUGGUACCGACUUUCCAGUUGGCCCAAACAAGCGGCAGAGCUGGUGCAGUGUGGGCAAACAGGGCGACAGAGAGGACGAGCUGUUUGCGACAACUUGCUACGAAGGUGGUGGGAGCAAGGGAGGAGACAACCGAACGGAUGGUUCCGCUAGGGAUGAACAGCAAGAGGAAAGGUGGCGAGGGGGGAUGGAAGAGAAAGUGGGACAGGAGGUGGAAGAAGAGCGGAGAGGGAAGGGAGAAGAGGAGAGGCGGCAGAGUGGGAUGGGGGAGGAGAGGAGGAGGAGGCAGGAAGAGGAGGAGAGGAGGCAGAGUGGGAUGGGGGAGGAGAGGAGGAGGAGGCAGGAAGAAGAGGAGAGGCGGCAGAGGGAGGUGGAGCGGGAGAGGAAGCAGCAGCGGCGGGGGCUGGCGUGUCUGAUAGCAGAGGACAACGCAGUCAACCAGAUGGUGAUUGAGAGGAUGCUCAGGAGCCUGGGGGUUGUCAGUGACGUUGCUUCCAACGGGGCUGAGGCAGUACGGGCAUGCGAGGGCAAGGAGUACGACGUGGUCUUCAUGGACUGCCACAUGCCAGUGAUGGACGGCUUUGAGGCCACUGAGAAGAUCCGACGGCUUCAAGGGUCGCUACGUCGGCCAUACAUUGUUGCCCUCACUGCCAGCGCUCUGCUGCAUGAACGACUGCGGUGCACUCAGGUCGGCAUGGAUCACUUCCUGACAAAACCUGUGAGGCCAAGCGAGCUGGAGACGCUUCUGCGGCAUGUGGAACAGCGAGGG